UCGUAGUAGGGAGUUGUCAAUCUGGCGCACGUUCGCCUACAACUCUCAUUGGUCCAGAAUCUAGUAGAUUACCCUCGGAUCCUCAAUUGCGAUUGGAUGCAGAGUGACGUCAUUCUGGAGAGCACACGAGGAAAUGCAAAGGUGCAGAUGGCGCUACACUCAUAACCUAACAAAAGCCCCCGUCGAGGCGUCCAAUGUCAAAUGACACUAUUUUUAUUAUCCAGUUACUAAAGGAGUUGUAACAUUCUGUGACAUUCCGCUAAAGUUCGCCAACGGUUGCGAGGUAAAACGGGUGUACGCUCCCCGACGCGUCGACUGUCGCGGUUAAACAGCGCGCCUUGAUAAGCUAUAUCCGUGAGUCGGAGAAUGCGCUUUAUCGGGCAAAACUGGGUCACCGAUCGGUUGACAGGAGACGGUAAUUAGAAGCGAAUCCGCGUCGCCGUCGCCGAGCGGCGCAACCGUCGGUAGCUUGUGUCGGGCAAAUCGAAGAACGACUCGUCGUAAGUCGAUCGGACAUCGGUGAGAUAUCGAAGUCAAUCGAAAUCUCUCGCAAUAUCGAGUCGGUCUUAACCUCUCGGAUCGGUCCGAGGCAAGAUGGCCGCCGGCAGUUCCCACUCGGGGCUGCCAUGAGCGAUCCAUCGUUCGCGGCGCUCGCGGAAAUGGAUGCUCGCGACGUCGCAUCGGCGAUAUCAGUAGCGUGAGGUGCCGGCAAAAGUUCCGCAAAGUGUCGUUCAGUGACAGCGAGGCCAAGUCUCGAGCCAACGAGGGAGAGCAUCGAGAUGGCAUCCGACAGCAAAAUGGAAUGGGUGGAGAUCAUCGAACCAAGGACGAAGGAACAUAUGUAUGCUAAUCUUACGACGGGAGAAUGUGUAUGGGAUCCACCACCCGGUGUACCUGUAAAAAAAACGGACGACAAUCAAUGGUGGGAAUUAUUUGACCAGAAAACAUCAAGGUUCUAUUAUUAUAAUGCAACAUCUCAGACAACAGUGUGGCAUCGUCCUACGGAUUGCGAUAUUAUUCCCUUGGCUAAAUUGCAAACGUUGAAACAAAAUACAGAACCGGCAGCUGGUGGCUUUGGUGGAGAGGCUCAGAUAGCGCCUGAGCCUAAGAAGAAAGAGUCUGUUUCAACACAGACUCAAGCACCAACCGUUGGACGAUCUACACGUUUUAAUCAUCAAGAAAAUCCUAGCUUAGCUUCUCCUCUGCAAAGUGACGGUGCAUGCAAACCUCGCAGUUCCGGAUUGGGUGCAGACCUGCAGACAUCGCCACCCUCUCCAUCACCAUCAUCGAGACGUCAUCAUCACCACCACCAUCACCAUCAUAACAAUAGGCAUCAUCACAGACAUCAUGAGCAGCCAGCGCCUAGACGGCACCAUAAUCACUCUCAAGAUUCAGGAAGAUCCAGCGAUAGUUCGGUCUCUCACAGUCGUACAUCCUUGGAGUCAACGGGUUAUCGAUUACUGGAUUCGCCACAUCGACAUCAUCAUCGGUCCGUUGUACAACCACCAACACUUCCACCGCAAUCUUCGCACAGACAACACAGUGGCACCCUGGAAGGGAGGGGUCAUAAAAGCGGAACCUUAGAGAGUGUGAAAAAUCAAAAGUCUUUGCCAAUUGGUGAUCCACCUCCUUUGGGCUUAUCUCUCUCCACUAGUACUCCUCUCUUCAAGAAGAAGACUUUUGUUGAACCCCAGAGAGAUGGCAGGGCUGGCAACCUAGACUUGGAUCGAAGUAAAAAUGGUCGGGACCAUGGGUCAACCAGUAGCAGAGGAUCCUACGGGCCGGAGCCAAGCACAUCGCCAUAUCGGGAAUCUGUAAUGGAAUCUAAAGUCUUCAGGCAAGAGAUGCCACCCUAUCGUCCACCGGACGUUCAGCUGAGCCACAGCUAUAAGGUUCAGGGUGAUAAGUACGGUUCUCUUGUGGAAUCUGCCAAUCGUUAUCACCGUGAGAGAGAGCUACAUAGAGAAAGAGUGAACAGCUUGGACAAGGCAAAUUCACCGUCCUUCUAUCCGGGCUCGGUGCAUUCUAGAAACGCGAAUAAGCAAGACGGCAUAAGUAGCAUCGGUAGACGGCACCACGGAUGUUCGGCGUCGCUUUCAGAGGCAAACGUCAGGGAUAUGUAUGGCGCUAUGUUGGCUGAAAGAAAUGAACCGUCUAAAAGUCUUAUAAGAGGUGCAGCUAUACUUGGAAAUACACCCAAACAAAGGAGCGUCGAUGUCUCGGAGCGAGAGCGAGAAAGGGAGAGGGAUAGAGAGAAGGAGUUUCGGAGACCCACAGCGUGCAAUAAUUCCUUGGACUGUGCUUCGCAGCCCUUGGCCCGUAGCUACAGCUUCGUGCAGCAGCAAAAGAUGCAGCAGUUGCAGCAGCAGCAUCUGCAGCAGAAUAGGAGACGCGAUAGGGAUGAUGAUUCGAUGCACGAACGUUACUUGGUGAGCCAGAGUCACGACCAAUCUAGGCAGCGGUUGAGUAGCAACACCAGCAGUAGCGGCAGCAGCAACAGUAGCAGCAACAGUGCUAUCGGCGAGGAAAUCGAGGUCCACGCUGAAGCCGACAAUGGGAAGAAAAAACGUAGCAAUGGAAACCCUAGUCCACCUCCGUCGCCCUUCUACGGAAACCUCCUGGUCGAUGCGGACCACCUUCUGCCGCUGCAGCAUUAUAUUUUGCAGCAGGCAAAGCUUUCUGGCUGCUACAAAUUCGGAGAUCCAUUGUUAACUGAAGAAGGUGACGAUUCUUUGGAUGAGGAAGGUGGUCGAGGUGGUGGGAUAGGAGGAAGGGCCGAUGAUGAUUCUGACGAUCAAUUCGCCGAUGAUGAAGCUGCCAGUAAUCAAGGCGAUUCGUCCAGUCAAGAGUAUUUAGAAGAUCCUUAUGCAGAUCUGGGCAACUACGACACUGCGGCAUUGGCAACAUAUUACGAUACGGCAGACACUCUAACGAGGCCACAAGUGACACCGCCGCCACCGCCAACGAUAGUUACUCAAACGGAGCCAAGGGAAAAUAUAGUUACCACAAGACCAGUUUCACUCCCUGCACCUACUGUAGGUCCAGCCUUACGAUGUGUUACCAGUACUGACACGGUAGAUCUAGACGAAGCUAGAAGAGACGACAGUACUACGGGAGGUGACAUCGAAAAAUAUGCCCAGGAUAAUCUCAAUCUCAACUGUGGAAGGCCCAAAGGAUUGAGACUCUUGUUCAGGAAGAAAUUCAGCGUUCGCGAUAUUCUUAGCUGGUCCAAAGAUCCGAUACCGCAACCUAUGCUCGUUGUCGUCGACGGAGAAAAACUCUUGAAACGAGAAGCCUGCAAUCUUUUCCGCCUCGUCCAGGUCUAUAUGGGUGAUCGUAAAGCCACCGUUGGCAUGACUCUGGAUGGAGUCGCUAUGGAAAUUGUUAACACCGUCUAUGCUAAAGCACCAUUGAGGGACGAAUUGUACGUGCAGAUUUGUCGACAAACGACUGAGAAUCCAAGGAAGGAGAGUCUUCGGAGAGGCUGGGAGCUCAUGGCCGUGUGUUUGGCUUUUGUUCCUCCUAGUGCUACCUUUGAGCCCUACCUCGAAGGGUAUAUGAAUAAACACAGAGAUCCUAACUUCCAGUUCCCUGAGGUUGCAAAAUGGCCAAUUCAUGUUCAAGUCAGUCAUUACGCUACCGUUGCCUGCCGUCGUUUACAGAGGAUCGGGGCUCAUGGCAAAAGACAACCACGUAAAGCUACUCUCGAGGACAUCGACCAAGCGAGGUCCCAAAUAUUCCGUGCGUCCAUGUUCGGAGCAACGCUGUCCGAAGUGAUGGCUUUGCAGCGUGACCGUUUUCCUCAACGCGAGUUACCCUGGGUGCAAACUACCUUGACAAGACAAGUACUCGUUCGAGGUGGAACCCUGACGGAGGGUAUUUUCCGAGUGUCAGCUGACGCGGAUGAAGUCAGCGCUCUUAAGGCCUGUUUGGAUAGGUUCGAAGAUGCUGCCAUUCUAGCAGCGUCCCAGGAUGCUCACGCACCAGCUUCUCUUUUAAAAUUGUGGGUGCGUGAGCUUUACGAGCCUCUUAUUCCGGAUUCGUUUUACACCGAGUGCGUUUCCAUGAGACACGACGAUCCUGAGGCAUCGGCCGCAAAUGUAGCUGCAUUAGUCGAUCGACUUCCUGACUUAAAUCGGCGUGUACUCUGUCAUCUCAUCAACUUCUUGCAGAUCUUCGCCAGACCCGAAGUGGUUGCCAGAACGAAGAUGGAUGCGAACAACUUAGCCAUGGUGAUGGCACCGAAUAUCUUGCGAUGUACUUCCCAAGAUCCCCGAGUAAUUUUGGAGAAUGCUAGAAAGGAAAUGGCCUUCGUUCGCACUUUAAUCGAAUCGUUAGAGACCUCUUGGGUCGACGAUCUUCACUGACCAUCGCGUCGACGCUAGAACGCUCUAGACUACUAUGCCAAAUCAACCAGCUGUAUAUUCACUAUAAUUACCAUUACUACUCUAGACCGUCUUUUAAUGUUUCGUUCGUUCGUUGUCACACUUGGAUAUAGUAUCCGUUUUUUUGCACGGACCGUAACCUUAAGCUGCAACUCUUCCCAGCUGAUGUUCACUCUUAUCUGUCUUCUCCGUCAGUUUCCUCUAUCCUAUUUAUUAUUUAUAUGAAAGAUUAUACGUUAUGAUGUAGAGAUUAUUAGAUUAUAUUAUUAUGGAUAUCGCUAUAUCAUAUAUAUUUUACCGAUCCUUGUUACCGCGCGAAUAGCGAUGGCUUUUUUACUCGAUCAUUGUUGAAUCUCGUGUAAGAUAAAUGAUGCGUUACCGUGUAUAGCCGCGCACCGUGAGGUCUUUUUGUAUAAGUGAAGGAACGUGUACCACGUUUAUGAUGAAGUAAACACUGCGAAGGAUUAGCAAGCUA